GAACUACAUCUCCCAGUGGCCCCCGCGCUUCCGUCCGGUAAGAUGGUGGCGCGCGGAAAGAAACGCGCGGCGCGGGACCGGGAAACUCGGAUCCCGAGCCCGCCGGGCUACUCAGUCUGUGCGCUCCCUCAGCCGCGCGAGCCUCACCGGGUGCUGGCGUUCCUCGGGAAGACGGUCCCUCGCCGGGCGCGGUGCCACCACCCUGACACUAUGCCCAUUCCAAUCAAGUUCUCAGAGAAGCAGCAGGCUUCUCAUUACCUCUAUGCCAGGGAGCACAGAGUUCGCGAAGGCGCCCAGUCCAGCUGGCCUCAGAAGCGCACCCUGUUUGUCCUCAAUGUGCCCCCAUACUGCUCGGAGGAGUGUCUGUCACGCCUCCUGUCCCCCUGCGGCCCCAUCCAGUCCGUAGAGCUGCAGGAGAAGCCGGACCUUUCGGAGAGCAAGAAGGAGCCGAAGUCCAGGUUUUUCCACCCCAAGCCCAUUCCUGGCUUCCGGGUGGCCUACGUAGUGUUCCAGCGGGCCAGAGGAGUGGCCGCCGCCUUGACGCUGAAGGGCCCCCUGCUGGUCUCCACCGAGAGUCACCCCGUGAAAAGCGGCAUUCACAAGUGGAUCAGUGACUAUGCAGAUGCCGUGGCCGAUCCCGAGGCCCUGAGGGUCGAGGUGGACACGUUCAUGGAGGCCUACGACAAGAAGAUUGCAGAGGAGGAGGCCAAGGCCAAGGAGGAGGAAGGGGUCCCCGAUGAGGAGGGCUGGGUGAAGGUGACACGCCGGGGCCGGCGGCCAGUGCUGCCCCGGACGGAGGCCGCCAGCCUGCGGGUGUUGGAGCGGGAGAGGCGGAAGCGGGCGCGCAAGGAGCUGCUCAACUUCUACGCCUGGCAGCACCGCGAGAGCAAGAUGGAGCACCUAGCACAGCUGCGCAAGAAAUUCGAGGAGGACAAGCAGAGGAUCGAGCUGCUGCGGGCCCAGCGCAAGUUCCGGCCCUACUGAGCUGCAGGCUGCGGGGCCACGAGUGGCCUGGGUCCUGGGCCCUCGGGAAGCAGCUGCGACUCCACUGCCUGGAGGGACAGCCACCCUCUUCUCCCCGUCCGUCCCUCCGUGGGGACCCAGUGGCAGGGAACAGCCCGUGGAAGUGAGGGCAGAGACGCUUUGUUCCCUCCAGGUGGCAGCGCAGGGGCUCCAGAAACUCCACAGCCCCUGCCUCCUCCUGCAUCCCCAGGCCCAGGCUCUUGCCUCUGUUUCAUUUUUGAGGUCCUGGGCCUUGAACCCAGGCUGUUCACACCGAGCUAUGUCCUCAGUCUUUUAUUUUGAGGCGCUCUUGUUUAGUGUAUAUGCUGCGGAAGUGAGUACAUUUUGAGACACUUUUGCUAAGCUGUCCUUGCUGGGUUUAAAUUUGAGAUCCUCCUGCCUCAGCUUCCCAGAGCACUGGGCUUAUGGAUGUGUGCCAGCACUGCCAGCUCUCUGUCCCCUUCUGAAGUCACUGAUGUUCACCUCAGAACGUUAUGUCCUCCUGGCUCCACCAGCGGAUUCUGCUGUCUGUCUGGUCUCAGACCAGUGAGGCCUGACCCCUCCCUGGCCUGGGGCUGGGGGUCCGGGUGGAGGCUGGCAGGUCUGGGUGGUCCUGAGAUCCCAGGGCAGAGGACCGGCUACUUCUGCCUGGGGACCCCUGCUGGCUGCACAGGAAGCUGCAGACACCCUUGACCGCUCCUGAGGCCCUGAGAGUCGAGGUAGACACGUUCAUGGAGGCCUGCGACAAGAAGAUUGAUGACACCAGCCACGUGGUGGGAUUUGUUGGACAUAGUGAUGGCCCAGGAUGUAAUGUUUGCCCACUAUGGGGGGUGGUGGUGUCAGCACGAGAGAUGUCCCUUGGGGUGACACCAGCAGUGUACAAGUAAACUGGGACCAUGAAAUAAAUGCUAGGGAUUCCGGGAGUGCA